CCCCGGCAGGGAGUCCCGGCCCCCCGCCGCCGCGGCCUUGUGCAGGGCGCCGGUGGCCGCGGGCUGACACGAAGGAGUCUCUCCAGCAGCCGCGGGGGAGGGAGAGCGGAGCCGAACAGGGCCCGACCCCCACGCGUGGAGAGGAAGAAGUGGGGCACGGUUUCGGGGGUCGCCGGCAGGGGCAAGCAAGUUGUCUGUCCCUGGUCCUGCCCCAGCUCUGAAUGAUUUUCGCGGGACUGGGACGGCUCAGGGAAUGGAAGCCCCGGAAGGGGACUCUGGCCCACGGCCCCGGGGGCCCAGCCGGACGAGGGGUCCCCCGGCGACCCCACCGUGGAACCGGACCGGAACGCAGGACCCGGCCCAGCGGGCUAUGCUGACAAAGGCUCAGGAGUUCUUCCAGACCUGCGACCCCGAAGGCAAGGGCUUCAUCGCCCGCAGAGACAUGCAGCGGUUGCACAGCGAGCUGCCGCUCAGCCUGCGGGACCUGGAGGACGUCUUCGACGCCCUGGACACCGACGGCAACGGCCUCCUGACGCCAGCCGAGUUCACCUCCGGAUUCAGCCACUUCUUCUACAGCCAGGUUGAGGAGGAGCAGGCCUCGCCGCUCUUUGGUGAGAAGGUGUACCAGUCCGUGGGGGAAGAGGAAGGCCGCAAGGGGGAGGAGGAAGACGAGGAAGGCCAAUUCCGCUUGCUGAUGGACAGACUCGGAGCCCGGAAGGUUUUAGAGGAUGAGAACGACGUGAAGCCCCUGUGGCUGCAGCUGAAAAAGGACGAGCCGCACCUACUGGCCAAUUUCGAGGAGUUCCUGUCCCGCGUGGUCAGCCAGCUGCAGGAGGCCCACGAGGAGAAGGACGAAAUGGAAAGCGCCCUGAAAAAGAAAAUUGCGGCCUAUGAUGAGGAGAUCCAACACCUCUACGAGGAGAUGGAGCAGCAGAUUAAAAAUGAGAAGGAGCAGUUUCUCUUGAAAGACACUGAGCUGUUCCAGACCCGCAGCCAGGAGCUGGAGCAGCAGUUGGCAGCAAAGGAGCUGGAGCUGGAGCAACUGUUUCAGAAACAGAAAAGGCUGGAGGGCCAGUGCACGGCCCUGAACAAUGACAAGCACGAAACGACGGCAGAAAACAGCCAGCUGAGGCGCACGAACCAGGAGCUGGCCAAGGAGCUGGACCGGAUCUCGGCCGAGCUGCACUGUGCCCAGCAGCAGCUGCAAAGCCUGCAGAACGAGGCCUGCAAACUGCACCAGGAGAAGGAGCUGGAGGUGUACAGAGUGACCGAGACCUUGCAGAGAGAGAAGUCGGGGCUCCUCAAGCAGCUGGAUUUCCUGAGGGAACGGAACAAGCACCUUAAGGACGAACGCGACAUGUGUCUGCAGAAAGGUCAAACCGCCGCCGCUGCCGCCGUCGCCCCCAAAGCAGGCUGGAAGCAAAGGUCGGGCUCCGUGGUCGGCAAAUACUUCCCGGGCAAAGGGAUCCUCGAAAGCCAGACCACCGAGGAGGAGGAAGAAGAGGAGGAGAAGGAGGCGGAGGAGGGCGGCUUCCCCGGCCGGAGGAGGCGGGGCUCCGGGAGCUGGGCCACCGGCCAGGACAGCGACCUCGGGCCCCACGGCCCCGGCCCCCGCGCUCUCGGGAGGAUCAUCUCCAUCGAGGAAGACCCCUUUCCGCAGCUUCUGGACCGCCAUCCCGGGAGGCCGCUGGACCAGUGGCCCGAGACAGAGGAGGAGAAGGAGGUGGAGAGCAGCGUCACUGGAGGGCAGGGAGAGAAGGCAGGCGGAGGUCCGUCCUCGGAACCCACUCCGCUCUCUCCCCGCGGCCGGCCAGUGGGGAAAGAAACACGCGCAAAUAACGAGGGUGCCCCCGCCUGCCCGGACCGCCUCUUCAAGAUCGUGUUCGUGGGCAACUCCAGCGUGGGGAAAACCUCCCUUCUACGCCGCUUUUGCGAGGACCGGUUCUCUCCGGGGACAGCGGCCACCGUGGGGAUAGAUUACCGGGUGAAGACGGUCAGUGUGGAUAACGCCCAGGUGGCCCUGCAGCUCUGGGACACGGCCGGCCAGGAGAGGUACCGCUGCAUCACCCAGCAAUUUUUCCGCAAGGCGGAUGGUGUCAUCGUGAUGUACGACGUCACGGCCAAGCAGACUUUCACGUCCGUUCGGCAGUGGCUGACCAGCGUCGAGGAGGCCGUGGGAGAGAGCGUGCCCGUCCUGUUGCUGGGCAACAAAGUGGACAAUGACCAGGAGCGGGAGGUCCCCCGGGGUCUGGGCGAACAGCUGGCCAAGGAGAACGGACUGAUCUUCUACGAGUGCAGCGCCUUCUCCGGCCACAACGCCAAGGAAUCCCUCCUCCACUUGGCGCGGGUCUUGAAGGAACAGGAGGACACGGUGGCAGCCAAGUCGGUCCAGAUCCACCAGGCUCCGAGGAACAGCUCGUGCUGCGGCCGGCAGUAGCCUCCAGGGGACCCGCGGGGGGCUCUGAGCCGGCGGAGCCCCCCGCCCUGAGACCUGCCUCGGCUCACUGGCGUCUCCGCCUGACAGGGCUGACUUACGGAUCGGUGUGGGGUGGUCGACCUCUCCCCCCCCCGGCCCGCCCCAUCCCCCAGCGGUCAUUCCUGGAGUCUUGGCUGAGGCGGGGUGCACCACUCAAAUCACCAUGUGCCUUUCGCCCCUGUGGUCCGGCGGCCUCCCCGCUGACUCCUACCCGGGGCAACUGGACAGGUUGAACUUACUGUUGUCGCCUGGCGGGCCCGGGCCCGCCGCCUCCUUUGCUCAGGGUCCCCGCCAGGGCCCCAGGCCACCCUGACAGAACUUCAGGACGGAAGACGAGGCGUGAGGUCUCCCCCGGCUUCUGGCCAGGAGUGACCCACCUUUGGAAACCAGAGGGAGGGGCGGAAGGGGAGCAGGACCUUUGAGUUUCUGCUGCCCUUCCCUACCCUGGGUCCGUGGGAGGGGGUCCAGCGGCUGGGCCGUGGGGGUGGAGUCCGUGAGCGGUGGUCCAUCGUCUUGUGGGGCUGGCGGAGGGUUGCAGGGGGAGGGGGACGGAGAAGAGUUCGUUCUGCUCGCCACCUGGACCGAGGGUCUCCGUGCCUGUCGCCAAGGCCGCUACGUUGAGAGGAAUAGCCGCUUUCUGAGCCGCUCUCUCUUUUCGAAGCCAAUAUUCCAUCCGUUUCCCAAAAUAGCUUUUAGACGGAAAAGCAAUUUACGGUAAUUAAUGAAUAGAUGGAAACCCAGGCGAACAGAAUCACUGUGCUUUUAGACAAGCCUGAAAGGCCAAACACUAGUCCGGGAUUUAGCUACAAUACUUUAUUUCCUUCCCCUAGAUUGUAUUUAAGAGCGAGAGCGAUGGAAAGGGAGAGAGUGAUUGAGAGGGGAGAGAACGAGUGAAAGGGAGGGCGAUCGAGGGGAAGGGAGAGGAGGGACAGAAGAAGGGAAGGAGGGGGCAAGAAGGACAGCCUGCUAGUGGGUAGCUGAGAGGGAGUUGGCGGGGGCUGGGCCGGCGUGGAGCCCUCCUGAUUAAAGGAUUUAUUUGGGGCCUGCAGCGCCUGUGACCUCUGCUCUUGCUCGGAAAUCUGGGGUGGUGGGAGAGGGGAGGGACAGAGAGACAUUGGGGCAACCGGUGGAGGGCGGGGAACCCCCAUCACUCGGCCAGGGGUCUCCGAUGGCCCCUCUUUCAGCUCUGGCAGGGGGAAAGGGGCCCCGACCCCUCUUACCCCCUGCUUCUCCCAAGACGGAAAUCCGCAGCCCUGGGCCUCUCCGGAUGUGCUGUGUGGCAAGAGGCCAGUGUCGAUCCCUCCAUGGGCCUUGUUUUUUUCUCACGCGCGUGAAUUCGGAAGGGUAGAGCUAGGUCUUGACUCUCCUGACUCGUGAUAGCCUUUGGGCAUUCCCCGAAGUGUAAGUAAAGUUCCCUGGCCGGGCUUCACCCCAAGUCAGCAUUUUGAAGACACGACAACACGGGCAAGCCGCCAAGGUCUCUUUCCUCCUGUACCUUUGGUCGCUUUCCUCACCUCGCAGUGGCUAGAGAUAACUUAGUUCCUGAAGCCACUGUACCCCUCUCUUCCCUGCCCAGUCACCCCCUGGCAGCCUCCUCUCCUCCUCCCCCCAAAACUUCUCUCUCCUCUUCCCACUUCUGCCUGCAGAGCAGGGGGAGACCCGAAGGCUCAGCAGGCCCAUUGGGACCUCUCCCCACCCCAAGUUCCAGGAAGUCUUACCCCAUGUCUCACCUAAAUGCUGCCUGCUGCUGCAGUGGAAACCUCCACUUGGUUGGCUCUGCUCCCGAGCUGCUUCCCACAGGACUCGGGGCGGCUCCGUGGGGUUGAAGAAAUGCGGAGAUAUCACCCUGGCUGACCCCUGUUUUCCCUAAAUCUGAGAAGCUUUAAUGGCUUCUCCCAGCCCUUCCGCAGGACAGGGGACUUCUUCCAUCAGCCUUCAGCUUGGCUCCGGUAAGUGUGGAUGGCGGGGAGUUAUGAGCACGCCAACCAACACUCUAACCCCAUCGCGUCACCCGACCCCUCCCCUUCGGCCCAACACUCUGUCUCAAACGGGGUCACCGGGAUGUCGGGAGGGAUCCUGUGCUAGUCGCUCUCCUGGGCAUCCCUAUCAUGUUUAGAGAUGGUCCAUCCAAAACCCCGACUCUCUUCUCUCCUUCCCUGACUUUCUUCCAGGGCCCCAGCAUGGCCCAUCUCGAAACCCCACCUUUCCCCUCUCCACCCCUCACUCCCCUCAGUGACCCAGCACGGACCAUCCAACACCCCUGGUUCUCUCUUCUCCAUCCCUGACUCUUCCCCCAGGGACCUAGCUUGGUCGCUCCUCUACAGAUCUGUCCAAACCCCUCUGGACCUGCCAGUGUCUCGGGCUGCACAGCUCCUUAUAGGGGUGGAUUCCCUAUGUUCAGCCCAUGCUGGUGGAAGAAGUGUUUCCUGCUGUUUGCUCUGCCCCCAACCCUUCCAGCUCCCGUCCUGCUCCUCGCCUUGGUGUGAGGGGGGAUUUGGGGAAGAGCAAUUCCGU